CUGACCUGUGGAGUUGUUGCUAGGUCGCUUUAUCCACCACCGGUUGAAUGAGCCACUGCUAACCGGUCAGUUACGGUUUAAAGAAUACGGAACUUUGCGGAUUAGGUUUUGAAUGACACUUUUAAAGCGCUCCACUGUUGUGUGUCGGCGAGCUCCAACGUUAGUGUGACUCUCCCUUUCUAACGCAGCCUGUAGGCUUUGCUGUGGAUUCAUCCAGGAGCCCUCAGUGUGUAGUGUCACUGACAGGUAGUGCGUUACUAUGACAUUUAUAAUGAAGAUUGAUAAAUAAUUGACGAGCAGCACUGGGUGGAACUGACACCAGCCUAUUUUUUGCAUCAUCUCAACGCGUCCAUGUUAACUAUUACAACAGGCUCAUGUCUGCUGUGUCAGUGAUGAUUGUGGAGCACACGGCAUGGAAAGGAACAUCGGAGACCAGCUCAACAAAGCUUUUGAAGCUUAUCGCCAGGUCUCCAUUGAAAAGGACAAUGCUAAAAAGGAGCUGCAGCAAAUGACUGAAUAUUAUGAGCGAUACACUCAAAAACUUCAAAAGCAGAUAGAGGACCAGCAGCAGUUGAUUUCAAAACUUGAAGCUAAGUUAUCGGCAACAAGGCAACCAUCAGGAGAGAUGAAAUGUGAGCCUUGCAACCAUCUCCUUGAUGGGGCCAGCGCUUAUAAGAAAAUACAGUACCUGGAGAAUAUGGGCAGUGUUGCUCCUCUUAUUCCAGUCAGCAGCAGCGUUGACUAUCAGGACAUGCUGGAUGCAUUUGAAGCAAUUCAAGGGAAAUUCCGGCAGAUUAGGUCUCUAACCAGAAGACAGAAAGAUCACCUAAAAAGAUUCCAUGCUGGAAAUGAAACAUCAAAUGAUCAGCGGUUCUCCAUGCCCAUCCAGUGCACAGACCGUACAGAAGAGGCAGAGACACCCUUUUCCUCAGCGCUAAGGUCAGCAGUGGAUAUCCCACUCCCGCCCACGUCUCUGGCAUCCCGUGGUGCCAGCCCCGAGGACAGGGACUUAGUAGACUCUUUUACCAAACUCAGUGUCAAAUUCCCGCCCUCUGCGGACAGUGAAUAUGACUUCCUGAACAGUGCUCCAGAGGGACACAUUGGUCUGACCAUGCCCAUGAAGCAGCCUCUCAUUACUGUCCCCUCCACACUGGCAGAGGAGGAGCCUGUGGAACUGCCCAUGCCUUUUGUUUACCCUACAUCCCCCUCCCACUCAACAUCACCCUCGCUCUCCCAGGAGAGUGUGCGGGGACCCCAGCAGCCUCUCUGGAGCCCUGAGCUGUCUGAUGCAGUUGACGCGGGGACAGAGCUGGCGGCGCCUCAGAGCAGCAGUCCUGAUAAGUGUGCUUUCUGCCACGCUGUGGUUCCUCAGGACCGAAUGAACAGCCACCUCUACUCGCAUUGCUGGCCUAAGAACGAAGCCGACAAUUGACAGUGGAAGCAGAGACUGACGGGCCAAGGCCGCAACUACUCCAAGACUUACUGUAUUCAUGGUGUAGUCCUGCAUGCCAUGAAUUAUAUGCGCUAUACUGGAUUUGAAAUGACACUGCAAUAAGACUUGAACCCAUUUAUUUAAUUUGAAGAAUUGAAUGGUACACUUUCAUGCCUAUUAUAUUUUUCUAAUAUCACGCUGAGAUUUUACCUACUAAGUCACAUGAUGCAUCAUAUGGUAUAUAUUAGCAAAUAAAGCCGACAUUUACUCUUGCAA